AUGGAGACCCUGUGGUGUGUGGCUGCGGUCGUCUUCCAGUUGUGGAUGUUCGUGGUGGUGUUCCUCAUCACACUGCCAGCCAUGUUUGGUCUCUCACUGGGGGUGACUGGAGUUUACAUCCAGAUUCUGGUCAAAAUCCUCGAGUGGGCCACGUUACGCAUCCAGCGAGGGCGGCAGCAGCAGUCAGGCGUGCCCGUCACGUUGCCUACAGGGAUCAUUGAGCGAGCUGAGGGCUCCAUGAAGGAGGAGAUGUGGGAGCUGCAUCGCUCUCGACCCCUUCCAGGGAAGGAGUUCGCCCUGAGUGAUGUCAUCUAUUUUCAUAAGAAGGGUUUAGAGAGCAUUGUGGAAGAUGAGGUGACGCAGCGCUUCUCCUCCGAGGAGCUGGUUUCUUGGAACCUUCUGACCCGCACCAAUCAGAACUUCCAGUACGUCAGCCUUCGACUCACCAUCAUCUGGGGCUUUGGAGUGUUUGUGCGAUACUGCAUCCUCCUACCUCUUAGGAUCACUCUGGCCUUCAUCGGUCUCUCAUGGCUCGUGAUAGGAACAACUCUGGUGGGUUUUCUUCCUGAAAGCAGAGGGAAGAACUGGCUGAGUGAGCUGGUCCACCAGACCUGCUACAGGAUCUGUGCCAGAGGACUGUCCGCCACCAUUCACUACCACAACAAAGAGAACAGGCCUCAGAAAGGAGGAAUAUGUGUCGCAAAUCACACCACACCCAUUGAUGUGGUCAUUCUGGCCAACGACGGCUGCUACGCCAUGGUCGGACAGAUCCACGGAGGUCUGCUGGGGGUCCUUCAGAGGUCCAUGGUGAGGUCCUGCCCCCAUGUUUGGUUUGAGAGGUCAGAGAUGAAAGACCGGCAUGCGGUGACCAGUAGUUCAAAGGAACAAAGCUACAUCCAGAGGUAA